GAAAAACUCCUCGCCUUCUAUCAUAAACUUACGCCGUAAUUCUCCUCAAAAGCCCACUCAGUCAUGACCAUUAGAGCAACACCCAUAGUAGUAGGUGUAGGCGAAACUAAAAAUUGCUCCCAAAAAGUCUCGGAUGCCAUCGAACCCCUCGUGUUAAUCCUGCAGUCGAUUCAUGAAGCUCUCAAAGAUACCUCCCUAUCAGAUUCGGAAAGGGGAAAGCUACAGGCAGAAAUCGACGGCAUCUCGGUCGUAGCGCCCUGGACAUGGAACUAUUACGACCUUCCAGGUCUCAUUGCCAGAAAAUUAGGGGUUGAGCCUAGUUACAAGACGAUUAGUGAACAUAAUGGUGCUUCACCCGCACGUCUGUUCGACGAAGCUGCACGCAGAAUUUCAUUUGGGGAAUGCAAAGUGGCAGUUGUGACUGGUGGCGAGGCAAUGGCAUCUCGUGAGUAAACUUCCAUUUAUAGACCAUUUAGAGAGUGAUGGCUGAGUUGAGUAGUGAUGGCUUGUGCUGCUGCAGGGAAGAUGCCACCUCCUGGGUGGGAAGAGGCAGAUGAAGACGCAGAGGGUAUAGCAGGCUCCUCGACUUUCAGAAAGGCGCAUAGUAAGUGUCAAAUAAUUUCGGGCAAAAGUUGUUCUAAUUGAAUAGAUAUCGGAAACACGCACGGAAUUGGGUUACCAAUUCAAGUAUAUCCAUUAUAUGAGAACGCUUUUCGAGCCCAUCGUAAUCAGACGAUUCGCGAGAACAACAAAGAGUCGGCAAAGCUCUACGCGGAAUUUGCUAAAGUCGCCGAGAAACAUCCCAUGGCUUGGAAUUAUGGCCAACCAGCAGCAGACGAAGCAAGUAUCGGGACUGUGUCGAAAAAGAAUAGGAUGAUUUGCUUUCCAUGUUAGUUUCCCUCUCCCUUUUCCUCUUACUUUUGCUGAAUUGAGCACAGAUCCAUUGUUGAUGAACGCAUUUAAUAACGUCAAUGUUGCGGGUUCCUGUAUUCUGACUUCGACGGAAUAUGCGAAAGAACUUGGGAUUCCCGAAAAUCAGUGGAUUUAUCCGCUGGGAGGUGCGGGAACCAUUGACAGUGCUCAUUGUAAGAGGCCUAUCCCCAGGACCAACCGGAUGAUGCUGACUGAAGGUAGUCUGGGAAAGACCGAACUAUUUCGCAAGUCCGGCGAUCUCAAAGUCAUUGGAUGCGGGGCUAGAGGUCUCGGGACUGACGAAAGAUGACAUUGGAAUUUUUGACUUCUAUUCGUAUGUUCCUUGAGAGCUUUAGAGAUUGACAUUUCAGUUGACUUUGGUAGAUGCUUCCCCAUCGUCCCAAAACUAGCAUGUCAACACCUGGGAUUUUCACCCUCAAAACCAGAGAAGCCCAUUACCCUCCUAGGAGGCCUGACGUCUUUCGGCGGAGCGGGGAAUAAUUAUUCCAUGCAUGUGAGUGUCACUAUUUUGAUAAUGUAACAUAGCGUGACUUUUCUGAUUCCGGAAGGCACUAGCAGCGAUGGUACGGGAAUUGAGGAAAGGGAAUGCUGAAAAUGGACUGGUGCUUGCGAAUGGUGGGGUUGUGACGUAUCAGCAUGUUGUUUGUCUUUCCACGAAGCCUAGAAAGACACCGUACCCAGACGAAAACCCGUUGCUAACUGAGGUUCCCGAUGAGUCUCCUGCAAUUGAAGAGCGACCAGAGGGCGAAGCGAUAGUUGAGGUAAUUCCCUUGUUCCCCAAAAUAAAUGGAAGAGAAGGUUGAAAAGAAGGAGUAACGGCGAGCUAAUUCCUUUCCAGACAUAUACAGUUGACUUUAGCCGUGAUGGAAAAGCGAAGCGAGGUUUCAUAGUGGGAAAGUUAUGUAAGAAAGGCCAUCGGUUUCUGGCAAACGAAGAAGACAAAGCGACAUUGCUACAGCUAGCAAGUGAUGAAAGAGAACCUAUUGGGAGAAAGGGAUGGGUAAAGAGCGCAGGAAAUGGAAAGGGGAGGAAUCUGUUCUGCUUUGACGCAGCUGAGAAGUUGUGAUUGAUUUUGGAGAUAUAAGCAUUAUCAUUUUAUUAUAUUGUUAGGUGAAAGGGGAUUAAUUCAAC